GCGAACGACGCGAUUGAAUAGGGGCUAGUCUACGCCUUGGGCCACCUCAAUCAUCCUUGCCAGGCAGGGAUCGGCCCGAGGAAACAGGAGCCCUAGCUUCACUGGACUUCUCAGAAGCUAGGAUAUCGACGGACCUCCAUAACGUCUAGUCUCCUGACGGCUUGCUACGAUUUCACGAUUUCAACGAACCCUCACGACUUCCUUUACGACUUUUUGAUACCGUCAUCCAGUACACAUCACCUCUUCUCCGUUAUCGCCAUAGCGUCCAAGGAUGCCCGUCUCUCUUCCGACGCUCAAAAGCGUCAGAGACGGAGCUGAUACCCUCAAGGCCGGAGCAGCCAACCUCAAGGCCGCCUUUGCAGCUUCGCCCUCCAUUUCCUCGUCCAGCCUCACUUACGACCCGGCCUCGCUCAAGCACAACAACCAUGCCGCUUCCGGCUCAACGGGAGGCUCCUCUUUCCAUGGUCACGAUUCCGAAAGCAUCGCUCAGAAGCUGGCAGAGUACGCAAAGAGUCACAGUGGGGAUGGCUCGCUGCUCAAGGCCUUCAAACAGAAGGUCACUGAGAUGACGAAGAGCACCAAUGUUGAGGACAAAGGAGCUGCAACGUCAUUCGCUGCUGUUGCCGGCGUCGGUGCCUCUACAGGCGCUGCAGGAAUACUGGCUGCCACAACGCAGGACGCUGCAUUCAGUCAGUACCACCUCCUCUCCCACUCGUAUGGCUUUCGAGUCGUAUACUGCAUCCUCUGGAUUGUUUUUGGCGUCUUUUUGGCCUUCUUUGGCCUCCAGUCAUUCUACUGGGCGAUCGCGCCUCGCUUCGCCCCCAAGCAAGGCAAAACGUCGAGGAGAAUCAUGGGCGGCGGAGUCGGUGGCCUCUGCGUCGGCUUCCUCGCUGGAUCCUACCUUGGCCUCAUUGUCACGAACGCGGCGGCCACGCGACAUCACAAUAAGCUCACUGCUGGAGGCACUUUUGCCAUCUUCCUGGCGCCAGGCUUGCUCUUCACGCUCCUCUCCGCCCAUCUCCUCGUCCUUUCUCGCCUCUUUGUCGGACUGCUGGGCGCGGUCUGCCUCACGACGAUCCUCACUGCGACGUUUGGCAUCCACACCAUCCUUGUGCGGGCGGUCCUUCUUUCCAUUUUCUGCGUCAUUCUGACGUUACCGCUACUCAUUUCCUCCAAAUCGCGAUACCCGAGGACGAAACGCUGGCUCCUCAAUGUCAACACGUCUCUCAUUGGCUCAGUUGCCUUCCUCGACGGCGUAGCCCUCUUUGCACCGCCCGAGGACGCUUCCCGCGCUUGGUUGGACCUCUGGACACUUCUCUUCGCCCCCGACAGCUCCCCAUCACAACAAGCGGCUAUCCACUCGUGGGGGUCCUCAGCCUUCAAAGGCUACAUCGCUGGCUCCAUCCUUUUCGCCGUCUUCUCCCUCGCCUUUGAAGCUUGGUUUCACCGCAACGCCGGUGAGAGCGUCGAUGACGAGUGGAAUGAGUACCUUGGCGUCUACACCGGCAACGUUGAGCGCAACGAUGCAACGGCUUCUGCUGCGGAUCGUGCCGGCAUGUAUGAGCCGCCUCGCUCCCUGUGGACAAAGAUCAAGGAUGCGCUCGAUGAUGGCGUUUCGCGACGCUCUCGUGGGCCGGCGACGUACGGCAACAUCGCUGGCGGGCGCACGGCGCCUGCUGCUGGAGGCUUCACCGAGAGACCGUCAUCUAGACAGACAAGCAGGAGAGCCUCAUCGCGUACCUCCUCAUCGCGUGGCCCUGCGCGCUUCGAACGUCUCUCGAAGCGGGAUGGCGAUCUUGAAAAGCUCGAUGAGCUGGAUAGCGACGAAGAUGAUGACGGCUCGACGAUCAUGGGUGAUGGUGACGACGACAAGAAGGCCGAAGCGCAGGACAACCUGUCUGCUCUGCCGAAACUUACGGUCAAUUACGGUGGCUAUGCCCUGCCUCCUGCCAACCUGCCUCGUCCGCCUUCGUACCGCACGGAAUCCUCCGGAUCGUCUGGAUCUUCUUCUUCGGCAUCGUCCUCGGCGUCGUCGCAGCCACGCAAUAGCCAGCUGAGCGGAUCGACGGCCGUCUCGUCUUCUCCGCCCAGCAAGACCGGAGGCGACGUGCUCAAACCGACGACUGUAUACCGGGACCCAACGUCAGUUCGCUCAACACCAGCAUCGACACAGAGCAGCAAGCCCACACCCGCAGCGGUUUCUUCUUCGCCUCCCUCAGCCCCAUCAGCAGGUGCAGCUCGCUCCGCGUCAGCCCCUACGGCGAUGGUGGCUGCGACGCCCAGCUUGAUCAAUGCUAUCGACCGGAUUCAGCGAGCACAAGCGCAGGCGAAGGAGUGGCACGCCCAACAUGGCGGGACAGCUGCAGAUGACUCGGCUUCGCCGUAUGGAACGCAAGGUGUCAAGGAGGACAACAAGGCGGACAAGCCCAAGGUUGCGGCUGCGGCGACUCCAGCUGCUGUCCCAUCUACUCCGCCAGCGACCGCCGCCGCAUCAUCAUCAUCACCUCCGCCUGCGAGCAAGACAAGCUUUGACGGCUGGUGGAAGCGGGAGGUCGAGAAGAAGUAGAGCGCUCGUAGACCUCUUUGACUCUUCUUAACGUACACGGACAUAUGAACUCUCCCUUUCUUGGUUUCUUUGCUUGUUGUGUUUUACGAAUCGAAUGUGAUUGCUCGUUGACU